CUGAUACGCAUAUCACAGUAUUUGUAGGGCGGACCAUAUGUCGGCAGCAGCAAGACUGCAUCGUUGGCAGCAGUGUCGGCCGCCUCUCUGUGCCGCAGUGCUAGUACGGUCCUUGCGCCUUGCUUGGUUGUCUGCUCGUGCUUCAAGCCUGUCGUCGCUUCCUCGAUCUAUCAACGCGCACUGUAGCGUCAUCACUGCUGCCAAGUGUAUUCGUUAGUGUCCAUUUGCAACAUGGACGCGUUCCAGCCGCCGAGCCUCGCGCACGUCAAGUCCAAGAAGGUCAAGGAGCUCGCGAGCCUCCGCUGGCAGCUAUACGCUCUCCAGAACCAGCUCCAGCACCUCCAAGCAGCGACACGCGCGGCGCCAUCAACGCUCUUGGCGUGGCGCGACGUUGCCAAUGCGCUCCAGGACGAUACCGCCGAGCAGUUGGCGACAAACAAGGCGCUUCAACGCCAGCGCCGGCGCUACCAACGGCUCUGCGACCACCUCCAGGCUUGGGUCGCCAGCACAACGCCCCGCAUGCAAGCACCGAGCCCGUUCCUUGAAGGCUGGCGGCACUCGCACCUCUUUGCCGGCGACGAGGCCGCGCGGGCCAUGAGCUACGACUGGCUCCUGCAGCAAGUCUACCACUCGACCGACCGCACGUUUGCGCCACUGCACUUUCCCAAUGGUCGACACAAUGCGAUCGACGUGUCAGUGACUAUCGAGGACGAGAGGCGCCUCGUGAUCCAUGUACAGACGCAGCAGGUCGUCCCAUAUACGCUCGAAGAGGUCUCGCGUGGGCUCUGGAUCGCGCAGGACACGCUGUGCCAGGAGCUCUUUGCUUUGCCGGACGACCCGAGCACGCUGCUUUCGACGCCACACGACGACAUUCAGUACACGCGAGAGAACGUCGGGCGCUGCAUGGCCCACAACGUGCUCACCGGUCGCUUCCACGAGCCGACGCGGACCGUGAUCUGCCUCCGCAGUAUUCUUCACGACGAUGCGUACCCGACUGCACCUCAUAUGUGGCGCUUCGACAACAAAGAAUGGAAUGUGGUCGAGAUGCUCGAACCGCGGCUCACGCGCGUUCGCACGUACUAUACGAUCGACCACCCGUGCACAGCCGAAGGCUUUGUUUCACUGCGGGACCUCGCUGCCUUGCGCCGCCUCGAUUUACAUGACGCGGACGACCACGCCCACCUCGUCGCUCGGCUCGAGCACAUCUCGAUUGAUAAGCACGUCCAGCAGCGCCAGUUCUUCAUGCAGCAUCUCGAGCGCACGUUGCGCGCGCUCACGCGCCACGCGUCCCAAGUUCCACGCCGCGGGGUCCUCGCCGCCAGCAGCGCUUGCCCGGCCGUCGACAGAGAACGGGAAGAAGACUAAGAAAAGAUGCAGUGUGAAUCUCGCAACUGUUGCACGGGCCGUCCCAUCCUCGUCAUCUGAGUUUGCCGCGCUCGCCGACCAUGGUACUCGUCGCUACUAAGUAGAAAAGCUUCAGAUUGCAUGCAAGGACAUCGAGUACGAGUAUAGAACAAGCUACCGUCGUCC